AAUAGCAAUCGUACAUCUUAUCUCGCAGAUUUGAAGCUAUUUGGAACAAAAUAAGCUCUAAACUUCUGAAAGAAGCUUAUUUGAGUAUUUUAAAGCCGCUAUUUCUUCCAUUGUAAAGGCUCUGCAAGAAGUUGUGGAGUAGUUUUUGAACAGAAACGCUGUCGAAGAACCCACUCCAUUGUUGAACAAUAUGGCGACGCGAAGAUACUCGAUUGAGGGUCGUGGAAGACCGCCGUUAAGCGCUCAUGGUCAUCAGUUAAACUCGAUCAGUAGGAAAAUUCUGAACAGUGGUACUACUUCCUCGCAUCAAAUGAAAGCAAAAGCUCCGCCAUCGCCCGCAUUCAAAGGAUCGAAGCCGGUUUUAUGUACACCCGAUGUCUAUUCGAAGGAACGAUCAGUCUGCCCAAGUUCAAGGCCUCAGGUGAAAAGAAAACUCGAUCUGGAUGAAUCUCCUACACAAGUAAGACAGUCAUUCAGAACUCCAAAAGCAAAAGGAUAUACUAGAAGAAGAGGGCGCAGAGAAAUGCAACCAUACCCAAAGAUGUUUGUUAAAUCUCCAAUAGAGAAGACACGCUAUGAUACAUCACUGGGGAUCUUGACCAAAAAGUUUGUGGGUCUUUUGAAAAGCACUGAAGAUGGUGUGGUGGAUUUGAACCAGGCAGCAGAUGUUUUAGAGGUCCAGAAAAGACGAAUCUAUGACAUUACCAAUGUUCUAGAAGGUGUUGGGCUGAUAAAGAAGAAAUCCAAGAAUAAUAUUGAGUGGAGGGGCACCUGCUAUACUGAUAGUUCUCGGAGGACAAAGGGAGCUGAAUCAAUUUCAGCACAAACCAUGGAUCUUCACACAGACAUUGCUGACCUUGUUGCUAAAGAAUCUUUCCUUGAUAGAAUGAUAGAGGGAUGCCGCUCAGAAAUAAAAAAUCUUACAGAAGAUCCUGAAGUUGCCAAAUAUGCGUAUGUGACAUAUCGAGAUAUUCGUGAUGUCAAGCAUUUCAAAAACAGGACAGUGAUUGCAAUUAAAGCUCCACCAGAAACGAGGCUAGAAGUACCAGAUCCCAAGGAGAGUAUCCAAAUCUGGCUGAAAAGUAUUCGAGGCCCUAUUGAUGUUUAUCUAUGUCCUGAGGAACAAGUAAAUGCCCAAUCUCCAAUGAAGGACAUUUCUCCCAUCAAACGACAGCCAGCACCUCAAACAACACCAAGCCAUUUUCUUCUGACACCUGAGAAAACUCCUCAAAACUGUGAUGAUUUGGCAGUACCCUCACAGAGAUCUAACGAGGAUCUUCAAAGAAGCAUUUUGUCCACCAUAAUCAGUCCAAGGAAAAAUAUUCUUUUACAGACAAAUGAUGAAACAACUGGUCUGGAAGAUUUGGACAGCGAUGCCUUGAUUCCUUUAUCACCAAAUCUUACAGAAGAGGAAUAUUUAUUCACAUUGACAGAUACAGAAGGGAUCACUGAUCUGUUUGAUUCUUAUAACUUCUGGAAUGAGGCAUGAUACGUGAACAGGUAGAUUUAAGGUGCACAUGUAGAUGUAAGCUAAGUCAUUUUCAAUGGCCCCAGAAAAUACCUACAUGUUGUUUUGAGUGGUGUUAUAUACCCUGCCUGACAAGGUCUGGGAAUAUCUUAACCCUUUCACUCCCACAAGUGACCAAGACAGAAUUUCUCCUUACAAUAUCAAUACAAUAUCAAGCAAGUAGGUGAUGAAAAUAGAGAAGAAUAUCAGUUAUGGGAUUAUUAGUUGAUCCAAUACCAAAUUCUCUGAAUUAACAUCAUAAGAACUGUAUGGCAGAUAGUAAGGAGAAUUACUAAUUAGAUCUUGAGAGUGAAAGGGUUAAUGGGCAGAGUGGUGUACAUAUGUGUACUGGGGUCACAAAUACAAAACAAGUGAACUGGUGUCUCAAAUGAAAAAAAACAACCCGGUUGCCACAGGACCGGAUCAAGCUGAUGUUAGAUUUCCAAGAAAAUCAGUCAUUUUUUCAUUGCACCCUAACAUCAGUAUCCAUAUUCUCUAUAGUCUUCUCUAUACAUUUCUUUUGAUACUGACAAGGAGAAUUUGUUUAACAAUCAAAGUUGCCUUUAUGUCAGUUAGUGAUCAUUUCCCUUGUUCUCGUGAUCUUGAUGAAUGAUUCAGCAGUAUUACUGUAGGGAGAAAUUAGAUCCUGGUCACUCUCAGGGGUUAAAAGGUUAAGGAGCUAUCAAUUCACGUUUGAUGGAUUUGACUUGCUGGAAGUAUAAAUGUUUGGGUGGAGAGGAGAGGAUGGCUGUGAGGGGAGGCGGUAAGAUGUAAUCAGAACUUGUUUGUGAAAUUCUCAAUUGUUAACUCAGUUUGUCAGGGAAAUUUUUUGAGACUGUCAGGGAAUUUCAAACACCAAUGACUGGGGCAAGCAUGAAAAAAAGUUUUGUUCAUAUGAAAGAGAGGGGGUUAGACGAUGAGAGUGUAGGGGGGCCUUUUAAAGAAACACCCCCCCCUUCAUAAAAAAAGUACAUGUUUGGUUAUUUUUUAGAACACAGUAAUGCUGCAUGCUCAUUUAGGAUCAAAGUAAGUAUUAAAGUGUCUGCUCACCCAUCCCUCCCUUGAUCCAACAACAGUCAACUGAUAGUAAGUAAAGGUUACUGUUGGUUUAGGGUAAGGGUAGGUGUGCAAUUGCUUAGAUACUUGCAUGAAUCCCUUACUUCCUGGGGGUUUGCAUUUGUUAAGGAAAAUAACAUAAGUAACUCUCUUGGUCAAAAGUCCACAUUACCAUUGAUAGUAUCGGUAUUUAAAUUUUAAUUCCUAGUUGUACUCACUACAAAGCACAAUGAAGGAGUACUUAGGAUUUGUGAAGAACCUGGGGGGGGUUUGGUUUCAGUUUUUCUUACUUUUUUUCUAUAUAUUGUAGUUUUACAUUUACUUUUAGGAUAAUUUUAAUGCAAGUUGUUCUAGAAUGGUGGUUCUUACACUGCAGGUAUUGUAUAAAAUUUUUUGUGUGAACUUGAGAAGUGACUCAUUUUUAUAUUAAGUUAGAAAAUUGUGUUAUUUAUAUUUGAUUGUAACAAUUUUAUGAACAGUAAUGUUCCCUUGAUUAAACACUUCCCUUGAAUGAACUCCACCCUUGAUCUAACACUACAGAUGGAAGCAAAAUUACAUAUGAAGCUGUGCUUGAAUGAACAUUUCACCCAAGCAUAAGAGUGUGAUUUUCAGACUGGGAUUACAUGGAAAAAAGAAACAUGUUGCAACUUUGUAUUCCACACUUGUGGCUCCAAUAGAACAUACAGUUUUGAUUCUAGCUCAGCUUAAUGGUGAGUCAUUGGAACUGCCAUUAUUUUUCUUUUCGAAAACAUUACACCUGAUUUACCAUAAUUUUGUUUGCAAUUUAAGAAAUAUUGAUUUUAAAAUAAACUGUGCCCUUGAAUAAACAGCACACUGGAAUGAUUUUUGCAUUGCUAUAGAUUAUUAUUAGUGGGAUUAUAAUUUCAAUCACAAUGAUAAAUUCUAAGCACAGUGAAUUUUGAUUUUACUAACAGUUUAAGAACUCUGAAAAAUAGGUCUCUCAUUCUGUUGUAUACCCCAUUAACACCAACAAAAAUAUGUUAAGUUAAAUUGGGUUCAACUGAAUUAAAUCAGAAACAGAGAACUGAAAAAUUGAUUUUUCCAUGUGGUUCAAAUGGUCACAAACUUGUAUUUUCAAAGUGCUAAAUCAGAAGUUGACAAACAUUUCUUUACACAGCUUCAAAGAAGAAAACAUUUUUAAACCGUUUUUUUUACCAAAACAGCCUCUAAACAUGUUUAAGUUUUGGUGUCAGUGGGGUAUUAGACAAGGUUGUACCCUACUUAUGUGCGAGUUACAUUCUUCAAAACCCAAAGUUAGUUCCCCCUUUCCGAGGUGUGGCUCUUACUGAGAGGCAUAGCUUGAAUACAUCUAUUAUCUCAGAUGUGAUGCUUCUUCAAGGGCAGUGCUUAAUUGAAUAAAUACAGUAGUUGAAGGGUUAUGUUUUUGAAACCUGUCUGAUUCCUUUAGUGAUAAUUUAAUGAUAAUGUAACUGCCUGAAAUGCUCCAAAAUUCCAAAAGGGUAAUGUAAGUUGCAGGAGCAGAUUCUUGACCUAUCUGUCUAUAGCUUAAGGUGUGUUUAGCUACUAAGGGACCAGAUCAAUUUGUGUUCAGUUUUAAAUGCAAAAAUUAAUAACUAGAAUAAAACAUGCUGUUGUGUACAAAAGAAAAUAAAAAUGACAGUUAAGAGCUGCAACCUGAGGUAGCUAAACUAGACUUUAGUGAAUCAUUUUGUAAAUAGGGCUGUUGAUCAAAAGAACUAGGCUCAAUUGAAUUGUGUGAGACUUGGUCUUCUGGGUAACUGAU